AUGCAGCUCCCGGCAAGUGAAUUAUACUUCAGUGUACUACCGGUUGUACACUACGGAUGGGAACUAUCAAAGUCUAUAAUGUCAAAAACUUUUCUUAGACGAAAAGUAUCUUCCACAAAGGUAACAGAUUGGGUAGAUCCAUCAUUUGAUGAUUUUUCAGAGAAUAGAAGCAUCUCUAAUACUGCCAUAUCAGUAAAUGUGAAUAACUCAAGUCAUAGAAGAAAAAACGUGCCUUCCACAUUAGAAAGCAGCAAAUUUCCAACUAGAAAAAGAGGAACACGGUCUUCCUCAGAACAGAUAUAUGGCCUAGAAAAUUCAAAAGAAAGUCUGUCUGAAAAUGAACCAUGGGUGGAUAAAUACAAACCAGAAACUCAGCAUGAACUUGCUGUGCACAAAAAGAAAAUUGAAGAAGUUGAAACAUGGUUAAAAGCUGAAGUCUUAGAAAGGCAAUCAAAACAGGGUGGAUCUAUUUUAUUAAUAACAGGGCCUCCUGGAUGUGGAAAAACAACAACUAUAAAAAUACUGUCAAAGGAGCUUGGUAUCGAAGUACAAGAGUGGAUUAAUCCAGUUUUAUCAGAUUUCCAAAAAGAUGACUUCAAGGAGAUAUUUAAUUAUGAAUCAAGCUUCCAUAUACUUCCCUACCAGUCUCAGAUAACAGUUUUUAAAGAGUUUCUACUAAGAGCAACAAAAUAUAACAAACUACAAAUGCUUGGAGAUGAUCUAAGAACUGAUAAGAAGAUAAUUCUGGUUGAAGAUUUGCCUAACCAGUUUUAUCGAGAUUCUCAUACUCUACAUGAAGUUCUAAGGAAAUAUGUACAGAUUGGUCGAUGUCCUCUAAUAUUUAUAAUCUCUGACAGUCUCAGUGGAGAUAAUAAUCAAAGGUUACUGUUUCCCAAAGAAAUUCAAGAAGAGUGUGCUAUCUCAAACAUUAGUUUCAACCCUGUGGCACCAACAAUUAUGAUGAAAUUUCUUAACCGAAUAGUGACAAUAGAAGCUAAGAAGAAUGGAGGAAAUAGUACCAUCCCUGAUAAAACUUCUCUAGAGUUGCUCUGUCAAGGAUGCUCUGGUGACAUCAGAAGUGCAAUAAACAGCCUCCAGUUUUCUUCUUCAAAAGGAAGGAACAAUUUAUGCCCAAGGAAAAAAGGAAUGUCUUCAUUAAAAUCAGAUGCUAUGAUGUCAAAAUCAAGACGAAGAAAAAAAUCUGAUAAGGUUUUUGAAAAUCAAGAGGUCCAAGCUAUUGGUGGAAAAGAUGUUUCUCUCUUUCUCUUCAGAGCUCUGGGGAAAAUACUAUAUUGCAAAAGAGCAUCUGUAACAGAAAUAGACUCUCCUCGAUUGCCCUCCCAUUUAUCAGAGUAUGAACGGGAUACAUUACUUGUUCAUCCUGAGGAAGUAGUAGAAAUGUCACACAUGCCAGGAGAUUUAUUUAAUUUAUAUCUUCACCAAAACUACGUAGAUUUCUUCAUGGAAGUAGAUGAUCUUGUGAGAGCCAGUGAAUUUCUGAGUUUUGCAGAUAUCAUCAGUGGUGACUGGAAUACACGCUCUUUACUCAGGGAAUAUAGUACGUCAAUAGCUACAAGAGGUGUGAUGCAUUCCAACAAGGCCCGAGGAUUUGCUCAUUGCCAAGGAGGAGGAUCAAGUUUUCGGCCAUUGCACAAACCCCAAUGGUUUUUAAUAAAUAAAAAGUAUCGGGAAAAUUGCCUGGCAGCAAAAGCACUUUUUUCUGACUUCUGCUUACCAGCUUUAUGCCUCCAAACUCAGCUGUUACCAUAUCUCGCUUUGCUAACCAUUCCAAUGAGAAAUCAAGCUCAGAUUUCUUUUAUCCAAGAUAUUGGAAGGCUUCCUCUGAAUCGACACUUUGGAAGAUUAAAAAUGGAAGCCCUGACGGACAGGGAGCAUGGACUGAUAGACCCAGAAAGUGGAGAUGAAGCCCCGUUUAUCGGAGGACAGCCUUCAGAGGAAGCAGUGGGAGAAUCUGCUCAAACCCAGGAACCUGAAACCUGCUCUCUGCCUUUGAGUCAGAGUAGUGGGAAUGAACUGCCUGCCAGCCAGCCUCAGCCCUUUUCAACCCAGGAAGACAUGGAAGAAGAAGACAUGAGAAUAGAAGACUAUGAGAGCGAUGGAACAUAG